AUGACUAUCGAUGAUAACUCUGGUGUUGUUGACAUUAAUAAACCAUUUCGUUUUGAGGGUAACCAUUUUAAAAGAUGGAAACAGAAGAUGUUAUUUUUUCUUACAAUGAAAAAGGUUAACACUGCUCUGACUACUGAUAUGUCUAUUGUCUCUGAAAAAGAUGAGAACGAUGAAAAAGACAAACAAACUAAUGCAUUAGAGGCUUGGGUCGAAAAUGAUUUUUUAUGCAAAAAUUUCAUUCUCAAUGGUUUAUCUGAUGACCUGUAUGAUUAUUAUAAUUAUGACAAAAAUGCUAAAGAAAUCUGGGACGCACUACAAAAGAAGUAUGAUACUGAGGAGGCUGGAACCAAGAAGUACGCUGUCAGUCGCUACCUCAAAUUUCAGAUGACCGAUGACAAGUUAGUGGAAGCCCAAUCUCAUGAACUUCAGAAAAACACUCAUGAAAUCAUUUCUGAAGGUAUGUCUUUAGAUGAACAAUUUCAAGUUGCUGUGAUUAUUGACAAAAUGCCCCCUGCGUGGAAAGAUUUUAAAAAAUUUCUCAGGCACAAAACAAUAGAAAUUUUCACUGGAAAGUCUGAUCACUUGCCUUUGUAUUGA